AGAAGGCAGAUCAGCCAUUGCGGACCACACUCUCAACUUCACCUGGCACAAUCAAGAUCACUGACAGCUGAAAGCAGAAAGCUUCUGAGGAUUCUUCCGAGAUGGCAAAGGUUUUCAAGAAGACAAGUGGAAAUGGAGGGCUGACCCUCUUCUUGGGGAAGAGAGACUACGUGGAUCACAUGUCCUCUGUGGACAAAGUUGAUGGUGUGGUGAAACUGGACAAAGCCGAUUUUGGAGACAGAAAAGUGUUUGUGCAGCUGGCAUGUGCCUUCCGUUACGGUAGCGAAGAUCUGGACGUGAUGGGCCUGUGCUUCAGGAAAGACAUCUGGAUCCAGCACGUCCAGAUCUACCCGGAAGACCACAAGCCCACUCUGAGCCCCAUGCACGAGACCCUGAUGAAGAAGGCCGGGGACAACGCCGUCCCUUUCUCUUUUGAGAUUCCCAACAACCUGCCGUGCUCAGUCUCUCUGCAGCCUGGGCCCGAUGACAAGGGCAAGGCGUGUGGUGUCGACUUUGAGGUCAAAACGUACCUGGCCAUGGUCAAAUGUAGCGCAGAUGAGAAGAUUCAUAAGAAGGACACUGCUCGCCUUAUCAUCCGUAAAGUCCAGUUUGCUCCCUCUCAGGUCGGCCAAGGGCCCAAGGCGGACAUCUGCAAGAGCUUCAUGAUGUCUGACAAGCCUGUACACCUGGAGGCGUCAAUGACGAAAGAUCUCUACUUACACGGUGAAGCGAUCCCAAUCAAAAUCAAAAUCAACAACGAGAGCAACAAAACAGUGAAGAACAUCAAAGUCACCGUUGACCAAACCACAGACAUUGUCCUCUACUCAGCGGACAAAUACACCAAGACUGUCCUCUCCCAAGAGUUCGGAGUGUCGGUGGAUCCCAGCGGCACCUACGAGAACACCGUGACCAUCACUCCUGUGCUGGCGGAGAACACGGAGAAAAGGGGUUUGGCGCUGGACGGACGGCUGAAGGAUGAAGACACUAACUUGGCCUCGUCCACCAUGCUGCGGAAUGUCGAUAAAGAGGUGAUGGGAAUCCUGGUUUCCUACAAGAUUAAAAUUAACCUCAUGGUGGCCGGAGGAGGUCUGCUGGGCGGCCUCACCUCCAGUGACGUCUCAGUGGAGCUGCCAUUGAUGCUCAUGCACCCUAAGCCUGAAGAGUAAAGAUCAGUUGUCUUGAAAAAUAAUCCUCCUGUAGUCAAAAGAGGAUGUUACCCUGGAGAUUCAGAGGAAACCUGCAUAACAACAGGACGACAACAAAGAAGAAGAACAAAGAAGAAGAAGAAUGUGAUCAGUGAAACUAAAAUAAAAUCUCUGAGUACAUGGAGAGAACGAUAUUAGUGAGAACUAGUUGUAUAGAAAUAAAUCAGGUAGUGUCUGACCAACGAUCUGUGUAGAAUCAGAACAUAAGCUGAACAAUUUAAAAACGAAAUCCUCUUCGCCUCAUCUUAGAUCGUGAGUGAGGAGAGACUGAAGCCUAUAAAGUCAGUGUGCUUUGGAAUAACGUCAUAAACUUGUCUGAUAUGUUGAAUUGUACUUUUUUCCUUUCUGUGAAAUGUACCAGUUUUUGUUUUUUGACUUCUUGAGUCAAAUAUCCCAAAAAACAAUAAAAUCUUUUAAAAACCAGGACA